GGUCCUGGGCUUGUCUCCACACGCCUCUUCCACCCUUCGUCUCUCAUUUCUUCGACACUCCCGCUUCUGCAUCAAACCUGGACCCUUACUCCUGCUCCUAUCGCUUCUCAAACCCUUUGAUACGCACUGAACUCCCCCUCCCCCUCCGGUUGAUUCGACAUUUUCGCUUCACUCAACUUGUACUACCAACACUGCAACUCGAUAUCCUGAAUGAGAUGAACUGAAGGCACUACUCGGCUUUCACCAUCACUACUUUGAGGACCUAUCCAUUCUCCUCUUGCCAACUGGAGCAGAGCUUCAACAGACCCCUCAUUGAGAAGGUUGAACCCAAACUAUCAACAUGCAUCCAGAGUCACAAACCCAGCCGCAUGGCUGGGCCUCUCUUGAAGAGAGGUAUGAAGUAAUGAAGGAUAUUGGUGACGGCAGUUUCGGCAGCGUUGCCCUUGCACGCGUACGAACUGCAGGCUCCCACGUCGCUCGUCGCGGUACUUUGGUCGCGAUCAAGACAAUGAAGAAGACAUUCGAUUCAUUCUCGAGCUGUCUAGAGCUUCGGGAAGUCAUCUUCCUCAGAUCACUACCGCCACAUCCACAUCUUGUCCCGGCUCUGGACAUCUUUCUGGACCCGUAUAGCCGCAGGCUCCACAUUGCCAUGGAGUACAUGGAUGGCAACCUCUACCAGCUCAUGAAGGCCCGAGACCAUAAGCCCAUGGACGCUCAUAGUGUAAAGAGCAUACUGUUCCAGAUUCUCUGCGGUCUUGAACAUAUCCACGAUCGCGAGUUCUUUCACCGCGACAUCAAACCAGAGAACAUCCUGGUAUCAACAUCACAGCACAACGACGCAUCACAUCCGUUCCGUCGGUACUCGGCGUUGAUGACUCCUCCAUCGACACCACCCGUUUACACAAUCAAGAUUGCCGAUUUUGGACUGGCACGAGAGACGCACUCAAAGCUACCCUACACUACAUACGUAUCGACGCGAUGGUAUCGUGCGCCCGAGGUCUUGUUACGUGCCGGUCAAUAUUCAGCCCCAGUCGACAUUUGGGCCGUAGGUGCCAUGGCUGUCGAAAUUGCAACCCUAAAACCACUUUUCCCCGGUGGUAACGAAGUUGAUCAAGUAUGGAGGGUUUGCGAGAUCAUGGGUAGCCCUGGAGGCUGGGUCAACAAACAUGGACAGAGAGUCGGUGGCGGCGAAUGGAAAGAAGGUGUCCGGUUAGCGCAAAAGCUGGGCUUCUCAUUCCCAAAGAUGGCUCCACAUGCGAUAGACACAAUCCUUCAAGCGCCACAAUGGCCUGCCAGUUUGGCAAACUUCGUCACGUGGUGUCUGUUGUGGGAUCCCCGAGCCAGGCCGACGUCAGCACAGGCGCUUGCCCACGAGUAUUUUCAGGACGCAGUCGAUCCCCUACGUCUCAAGUCCUCGUCUUCUCGCCUAUUGGGCCGCAAGCAAUCAGAAAUCUCCGUAAAGGACUCGCCAGAAGCCUCUCCUAGCCUCACCUCAAAGACCUCUUCGUGGCUGCGCCGCUCGUUGGUUGCCCGUGAAAGCGCUCCAGCAGUUCCACAACACACGACAACGCAACCCUUAUCACCUGCAGCAUCGCCUGCACAAGCGAACUCUGGGGAUGUGAGUGGAUUGACCAAGCAACGUCCCGCUGCUACUAAGCGAGCUACGUGGACGAACGGGGUCCCUCACAAUGGCGCGCCUAUCCCCAUUCUGCCUUCCAUCAAGCCAAUUUCUCCGCUCUCGGCUGAAGUCACUGCACAAGCGAGCGUGCGUCUUGCAGAGGGUGACGAACAGGCUGCAAAGAAGAUUGGUCGUCAGCUGUCUGUCGCCUCCCACGGCAAUCACUAUACAGACAUUCACCGACAAGAAGCGGAACGUGCGUUGAACGGCCAAUCAGGCCUCGUGUCUCCGCCUAGUGGACAGAAAGAAGGUUUCUUCUCACACCUCAGGAAGCGUGCUCGACGGUUGUCGGGGCGGUAUCAGACGCCAAUGUCACCCAACUCGGACGAUAUCGAGGCUAAUGCAGGUUGUGCUCCGUGGGGAGCCACCGGUGCCAGACAAUCGAUGAUCACGGAUCAGCCCACACCUGUUGGAGCAACAUCUACGACUUCAGACUUCUCCGAACUCGACAAAGCCUUGCAACACGUACGGGAUAGUGUCGAAGCACACUCUCAACAAAGCAACUCGACAAAGAGCUCUCGUGUCGCAACGAAUCCUAUGCUCAAGCGUCAUCAUUCGGUCCCUCAUGGCCCUGAGCCGCGAGUCUCGGAGAACGGCAUCAAUGCACCCAUCUCGAGCAGAACACGACGAGCUCUUCAAGUCAAGUCAAAUCCUGCAAACCAAUACGAGACUCCCAAUGAGGAAGAAGAGCUUCUCAGCGAGGUCCUCGCCUCUACCCAUUCCGCUGCGAAGAAACUUGAUGGUGCGAAGGCGGUACAACGCUCACAAACUGACCUUGGUCCUUCUGCGUCGUAUCUCACGCCGUCGCCUUCGGCGAACCGCAACAGUGUCGGAUUCGGACAGUCCAACUACACAACGCCUAGCAAGCCAAUGGAAAUCUCAAAAGCCCACAGCAAACCCAACGACAGCGUCUCGAAAUGGCCAACCCCGCCAUCAGAUUCUGAGAACGAUUGGGCGUCCAGCGUGGCUGCCAGCCUUAUGGCAACUCAAAAGCUAUACCGGUGAUCUCUGGAUCAUUGUGCAAUUUUUCUUCCCUUGCAUUCUUCUGCAACCCUUCAGUCACAUAAUUGUAAUACGGAUCACUGCGCUUAACCAGUGUCUUCAUCGUCGUUUCGUUCACGACCGUACGAUAUCGAGCCUUCGACCACCCGGCAGGAACGGUGUACGAGUCCAGGAAGGGCACAACUAGACGCGCACAGAGGCCUCAAAAGCAGCGCACUUUGGGAUGGUGUUAUCGGCGUCACAA